AUUUUUUAAUUGGUUAUUACUAAGAAAUAAUUAUUUUAAUUAGUUAUAAUGAAUUUUAGUUUAUUUUGAUGAAUCUUUCUAAUUUAAACAUCAGUUUUUUAAAUCAACUGUAAAUUAUUUUAAUAAAUUGCCUUAAAUUAAUGGAUUCUGUUGAUAAAAAUUCAGUGGAUUUGAACCCUUAUAACGGUUCCUAUGAUUUGCAUAGAGAGUUAUUUGGCCAUGAAAGAGGUGUUAGAUGUGGUUGCAACAUUGCCGAGAAACACUUAUCGCUACUCAAUUCGUCAGAUUCUCCAGACAACCACGCCUUCAAUCACGAGUAUUUGGUUACAGGGGGUGCAGAAGGGGAUGUGGUUGUUUGGAAAUUGACUAGUUUGGGAGAUUGUAACAUAGUUUCCAGGUUCAUGGCUCAUGUCAAUACUGUUAUGUGUAUCAUCCCUUCACAACUUCUUAAUGAUUUCUUGGACAUGUCAGCACUGGAGUCUAAUCCUAACUGUGAAUUAACACUUUAUGAACACCAAUUGUGUGUUUAUACCUGUGGAAGGGAUAAGCUAAUACAUAGGGUUAAUCUGGCAGGGAAGAAGUUACUCACUCUUGAGGGCCAUGAUGAUGUUGUGUGUAGUUUACACGAAAUGCAAGAUUCAAGUAAACUCGUAAGUGGAAGUUGGGAUGGAACAGCUAUUGUUUGGGACGUUUUAUCGGGAACUCAACUCUAUCGCAUUCAAUCAACACAAUAUAAAUAUUCAGUUUAUGUGAACAGCCUUGCAACUGGCGAAGUAGUGACUGCUAUGCAGAAUGGUGAUUUGUGCUUUUGGAACGGAACAAACUUGGUUAAAUCAAAGAAGUUACACGAUGAUGCAAUUAGAGCAGUCAGUAUUAAAGAUAACUUCUUGACAUGCUCUAACGACUGUACCAUCAAGUGCUUUAACAACUCAUUGCUUUUACUCUUCAGUAUGGAGUUACACGAAGGAUUUGUGUAUGAUGUAAGGCACUCAAAAAUGUUUGAUGUGGCGUUUACAGCCUCAGAGGAUAAAACAGUGAGAGUUUGGAGCACUAAAAAUGGGCAACUACUACAGACAAUUGCACUAGAGUCGUCAGUUUGGCAGGUGGUUGAGACUACGUAUAACGGAAUAGCAACAAUCGAAUUGAGUGGGAAAGUAACAUUGUGGAAAUUAAAGCCGGGAAAAUCUCCUUUACAGCCUAAUAACAAAUUAGAGUGUGUAGUAAGGCCUAAAGUUACCCGGACUAGUGGGGAAAAGAUACUUGAUAUGACCCUGUUCAAGAAGUUUAACAGCGAGAAGGCCCAGGAGUUAAUACUCAAAUACUCUGAAGAAAACAAAACUUUGCUGGAUACUGAGCUGCUGUACGUUAAACAGUUCUUUCAAAAUGAUACUUCAAGCCUGAGAGAUUCAUAUGAUAUAUCAUGGGUUGUUAAGAUGUUGGACUGGCCCGUGAGUGAACGGUUACCUGUCUUUGACCUGAUCAAGGCGUCGAGUGUUUAUUUAUUUACGGAACAAUUGUUUAAAACAAGAAACCAGGGAUCUAAGGUGAUAUUCUCAGCAAACGAAGCGCUUAAAAACUCUGAGAACCCCCAGUUGUUUUCAGUGUGCCUACAAAUGUUCGCAAACCUCCUACACCCCUCAAUCUCAAGAUCAGUGAUGUUCAGACAUUCAGAAUCAAUAAUGGAAUCGGUUUCCCUAAUAGGAGGAAUGAGUAAUAAGUUAAUCCAGCAGCCGUUGUCAGUGUUGUGCCAGAACUUUGCAAUUGCAUGCGUUCACAACAAUGAGUCAAAUGUUAUCAACAACCUGGUUCAAUUAAUUCAUAAGUCACUCCUAACAUGUACUGAGGAUUUAAAAAAUGAUACUUCGUGGGCAGCACCAGUUUCAGUAAGGCACUUCAUGACCCUUGAGCUCCUCAUGCACAACUUCACCCAGACUACUGGAUACUGCCACAACAAUCAGCUGAAGCCAGUUUUAGAAUCUUUAUCGAAGGUUUUAAUUGACAAGAAACUAGUUGAUUCAAACUCAGUAAACACACUUAAUUACGUAAUUAAUAAUCUGAACUGAAUUUUA